AAUUUAUUUCAAAUAGGCUCAGGGCUAGGCUAGGGCUCAGCACUCUUACUUGUUUUGAACUCAAAUUGACAUGUUGCCAUCUCUAUUACAAAGAAAAUCAGAUGUUAAAUAAAAGAUGUAAACAGACGAGCAGACAAAUAAAAAGACACAGGAAGGAAUCUUAGACAUAUCAAUUUAAUUUGUGCUACAUUCUAGAAUCUUCUGCCUAAAAGUUUUCAAUUGAACUGAAUCACUAUUUUUUCAAAGAAAAUUAAUAAUUGAUUCAUGCAUUGGGAUAAAAACAGAGAGUGCUUAGAACAAAUGAAACAAAUCGGUGUCUGUUGCGUCAGCUCGAGGACGAUGAACAUUAGAGGCGAAGCACUGUGCAGGAAGAUGAACAUACUGGAUGAACUGAACAAAUUGUGGCCGGUUCAGCUCCCUUCGCAAUGUCCCUGCAAAUAUGUUGUCCAAGGCGUCGAUCCAGACCGCAAUAUCAAUCAUGACAUCGAGAAUCGAGCGCCGAAUGACAUUAGCUCGCCCGAUAAACUCUUGUCGCCUGCUAAUCAGCUUGCUAGUUGGGAUGAGGAGGUUGCAUAUGAACAGGCCGAGGAAUCCUCAAGCGGAGAAGAGAUGUCGUAUUUUGACAGAUAACCAAAUAUAACCCAAUUUAAAAUACUUUA